GGGGCUGAGUAGAGUCUGAGCGAGCGGCGGUUGAGAAAACAGUCAGCCUCGCUUCGGAGUUUGUACGGACAGCAGCUGGGUGUUUGCAGCUCCUGUGCGGCUUCAAGCUACAACCAGCCUUGUUUCCCCGACUCCACCACCGCUCCCCGACUCGAGGUAAUGGACUAUUAAGAAGACUUUCUAAGAAGAAACCCUCCGCGCAAACUGAAAAAGCGAGCAGUCUAAAGCGCCGCUGCCCUCACAUCCAGAAGCUCCUCCAAAUCAAGCAGCCAUGGGCAAACAGAACAGCAAACUCCGCCCCGACGUCAUGCAGGACCUGAUGGAGAACACGGACUUCACCGAGCACGAGAUCACCGAGUGGUACAAGGGCUUCCUGCGGGACUGCCCCAGCGGCGCCCUCAGCAUGGAGGAGUUCAAGAAGAUCUACGCCAACUUCUUCCCGUACGGAGACGCCUCAAAGUUCGCCGAGCACGUCUUCCGCACGUUUGACGCCAACGCCGACGGGACUAUAGACUUCAGGGAGUUCAUCAUCGCCCUGAGCGUCACCUCCCGCGGCCGGCUGGACCAGAAGCUGAAGUGGGCGUUCAGCAUGUACGACCUGGAUGGGAACGGAUACAUCAGCAAGGCUGAGAUGUUGGAGAUUGUAACGGCCAUUUACAAGAUGGUUUCCUCUGUGAUGAAAAUGCCAGAAGACGAAUCCACACCUGAGAAGCGCACAGACAAAAUCUUCAGGCAGAUGGACACAAAUCGAGACGGUAAACUGUCCCUGGAGGAGUUCGUGGAGGGAGCAAAGAACGACCCCUCCAUCGUGCGACUGCUGCAGUGUGACCCCAGCAGUGCUGGGCAGUAGGAAACUGGACUGAUACAUUAGCACAUUUUCAAAAUGGCUCCCAUUUGACCCACCUGAGACUCUUUUGAAAUGUAAUACUUUGACCUAUGGAGAGGCACAUGAACACACAGACACCUGCUGUACCAAAGCACGAUAUAUAUGUCUGUAAAUAAUCGUUCACACACUGUUCACGGGCCUCUGUGUUCGGUCAAAGGUUCUGCACAAACACGGGUCUGAUCCGCGGUACAGUUUUGACUUGAAGGACUGAAAUUACCAUCAAAGACUCGUUGAAAUGGAAAAGCGUUUCCCUGCGCUGUGAGAUCACAGUCGGCGGGGAUGACGCAGCGCAUCCAUGAGGUACGUUGAAGCAAAUCCAAGUUUGUUUUGACCCUUUUUUUUUUUUAUUUUUAAAAGCAGGAUUUCCUAUUUAAAGAGAAUAAUGUUGGUUUUGUCUGUGUGACUGACACGGUUUGCCGAGUGCUGAUGAACAGAUCUUUACCAAGUAUUGCAAUGUGGCUCACUGUCAACACUGGGAGAAAUGAAGCAUGUCAGUCUGGGGCUACAGAACGGUUAUUUAGACACAAGAUCUGGGAAUCAUUGUUUUAAAUGUCGAAUAUUUUUUUAUGUACUGUAUUAUUUUUUGAAAGAAUGUUAUGAAAGAACCAAUACUGGCUCGGCUUUCUAAAUGAAGUUGUUGUGACCGCUGAAUAUACCUACGUGGUCUCUGCAGAGCGACUCUAUGUCAUGCAUAAACUGAGCUGUGAUUGUUUGUCUGCAACUGCAAUUUAAGUGUGAAAGGAAAAAAAAAAGAUAUAUGGAUAUAUAGUAUGUUCUCAUUUUAUUCUGACGUUACGUUGCAGCGUUUUGCUGCAGCUCAAGAUUUCACUUUCAAUUUUCAUGCAUAAAAUACUGGAAUGUGACGGAUAUUUUAAUUUCUUUUACUUGACAAAUAUGUAAGAAACUUGUACAGUGUAUUCACACAUAUUUAUGCUAGACAUGUUUUAAGCAAAAGGAGAGAACCAGGUGUGUUUUUUGCAUGUUUGGCGUUGUUAAAUUUAGUUUUAAGGAAAAAUUAAUUUCCCCUCAUAAGGAAAGAAAUGUUGAAAUCCAAAGCCGUUCUCCCUAAUUUAAUUAAAUUUUCUGUGCAAGAAAGCUAAAAAAAAAAAAAAGAGAGAAAAUCUUCUGUACGAGUGAUGAUGUUCAAGUUCAGAUUUUGUCUGAGUAAAUGCCAGCCGUCGUGUUUUUAACUUUUCCACAGACUGAAAACUCCUUGCAGGAGCAGAUCUCACUGUGAACAUUUCACUUCUUCCGUCAGGAUUCUUUCACUGCCCUGCUGAUAUGAGAAACUGCUGUAUUCACAUGUUGAAAUGUAACUUAUUGGGUGAAGAUUAAAAAAAAAGAAAAAUUCAACUGUGAUAACGUUUGUAGCUCAAUCAGGUACUUCCACCUCUUCAUUUCAUUUCAAUUGCAUCCUGUGGUCAAGUGCCAAAUAUAGAAGAAUUAAAUGAAAGAAGAAAAAGCACAGUAUUGUAUCCAUUUAUUCUGUACGGUUCAACUGUUGAACAAAAAGGAAAAAAAAAAAAAAAGUCACUGUAUAAUUUUCUAGAUUUUGCAUGGGUCAUUUGCAUCGUGUAUUCUGUGUAGGAUGUUCAUUUUGUUCAAAUAAAAGCAAAACGGAGGAGUAAGGA